CUGCCCUUCAUUGCCUCUAUCAACCAGCAGCAAAACAAAUCAGCAUCAUGAGCAGCAUCAUCGUCGUGACUCUGAUUCUUGGCCGACUAGCCCUUCUCAAUGUCUUCAUCAAUUCGGCAGUACUCUACACACCUCAAGUGCUUGGCAAUCCUCUUCCCCAAGUGGACCAAUCCUACAUUGUCGGUCAAGACUACACUGUUGUGAAGGAUGCGUCUUUGGCAUAUUUCCUUUGGCGCAGCAACAACACAAGUCCUUUGCAAAUUGCUGGCAAAGAUGCUGGUUCGUGUCACUCUAUCCCGGCCAGCGACUUCAUGUACCUCGUGCCAGCGCCUCCGUCACUACCGACAAACGCCCAGGUUCACGAGGAAUGGACUCCUGGUCAAUGCACUUUGAUUGCGAAGGACCAAGAGCCUGCUGCAGCCAAUUCGCACCCGGAAUGGUUCAAACUUUCGUUUGCUGACAAAACUGGCCUCGCUGUUUAUUGCGUCCGUGGUAUGCGAAUGGAUCUUACACCUGUCAUUUCCAGAUUGGAUUGCAAGUGGAUGGGUUCGAAAGAAGGCUACUGCAGUCAUAAUGAUAAACUUGAGGAAGUGAAAAACAAUCUGAUCCACUUCAACCUUGACUGCAAAGUGGAAAAGAAACGCUGAUGUCGACGUUGAGAUCCAAAGCGACUUUGGAUGCAGGCUCGUACAAAACCUUCUACAUUGUUCUGCGGUAGAUGAAGUUGUGAAAAACACUUGAUGCAGCCGAG